CACCUGGACCCUCUCAAGUCUCCCACCAUCGAAGCUGCCAUUUGAGUCAUCCAAGCCCACUCCACCGCCUCCAUCUCUGCCACACCAUGCACCGACGACAACUACAGCUCUGAUUUUCCGCUGCUGUCGGAUGAGCAGGGGCUCUCCGGCGGCGAUGGGGAAACGAAAGUUGCACUGGUCGUCCGUGCAUGGUGUGACGCCGCCGGAGAUGGAGGCGGUGCCGAAGACCACGGCGUCUGCAGUGGAGUGCGCUUGCACGACCCAGACGGCAGCUUCGGUGGUGGGAGGCUUCAGAGGGUCCGGGUGGGGGAGGGUUUGAUUCCCCUUUCCUUUAACUCUCUUGCGUUCGAAGAAAAGAAUUGAAGGUUUUUAUUCUUCCACAUUCUUAAUUCGGAAUACCCAUCUCUUCUAUUUGGUGUUUUAUAGAAGUUUGGUUGGUUUAAGGCUUCCGCAUAGUUUACCGUGGGUGAAAUGGAUAGUACCUGGAAUUUCUUACAAUGGCUUGGCGAUGAUUUAUCCAUCAAGAUUCUUACCCAUUUGGAUGAUCCAUCUGACCUUCAUCGGGUUUGCUUAGUCACAAGUUCUUGGCGUCAGUUUGUGGUUGAGAAUAGCCUCAGUAAGCAACUCUGCUUGAGAUUGUUUCCUGAGUUAUCUGGUGCUCCCCAUUUUAUUGAAGUGAAGGGCAUGAUUGAUACUCCAACAUUCGGGUCAAGCAAUGUCACGAAAUGGGAAUCCCUUAAGAGGGUCCAUAGAAUCUAUUUGCUGCUAGCUAAAAGUCUUUACCAUAUCAUGAGAAAAGAUUGCAUUUCAGUAGCCAUUAGUGCAUCCUCCACUGAUAAUUAUCCUGAAGAAAGUAUCGAUAACACAUUGAAAGCUGGUGAUAGGAUUCAACAUCGGGCAUCAUAUUGGUCCAGUUUAGGAUCAAAAGAUGCUAAUGCUCCUGAGACAUUAACUUAUGAGUUUGUCUCCAACCUAUGUGUUGUUUCUGAAAUUCAUAUUCAACCAUUCCAAGCAUAUUUUCAGUAUGGCUUCCCCAUAUAUUCAUCAAGGGCCGUUCGAUUUAAAAUGGGCCAUCGAGAAUCUUCUUUAAACUCGAGUACAAACAUUUCAAGUGAUUCAGAAAGUGAUAAUUUUAUCUGGACUUACGUCUCGCCAGAAUUUCCAAUGGCUCAAGAAAACACGCUGCAAAUAUUUAAGCUUCCAGAGCCUGUUUUCUGUGUUGGUGGAAUUCUGCAAGUUGAACUCUUGGGCAGAGUACAGAAACAAGAAACAGAUGGAUUAUAUUACUUAUGUGUCUCCCAUGUUCAAGCCGUUGGACGGCCACUCUUACCCGGAUAUGAUGUGGAUAUACUUGACCACUCGGGAAAGUGCGUUUUGAAGUAUUUCCCCGAAUCGCAUCAUGCAUGCUCAUCGUGUAAUGAAGAGAUAGGUCAUUCCCAUGGCGGUACUAGUGGUUCUAGAUUGAUCGGGAGAGGCAUGCAGGAUUGGGAGCAAAUGGUCUUGAAUACACUACUUGGAGGAGACAUGCUUGUUGAGGAUGAUACGGACGAAGAAAGUGCAUGAUGGUAGUAAACGCAAACCGACCGCAGUGAAUUUGGCACGGUGAAGCGAGUGCUUAGGUAAGCCUAAAGGUUGGUGAUCUAGUAGGGCCAACCAAGGGUGUAAAAUAUUUAAAUUGUCCUGCUAGGGAAAAUUUUCGGGAAGAUUUCCAUACUACUCUGAUUCACAUUAUGUCAUGUGUUAAUGUGAAAUCUUAUUUUAAAAAUAAAAUAAAGUGGACUCCAGUGAUUUUAAAAUGAAAAA